AUGGAGGAACGCGGGCCCCCCGACGUGCCGUUGAUCGUAACGCCGCCAUGCGCAGGCGGCGCGGGCGGCGCGGCGCUUACCACCUCGCGACGCGCCGCCUCCGCGCGGGGCUCCCGCGACGAACCACCGCCUUCCACUUGGCGCUCCUCGGUGCGUGUGCGCGACACCAGUUUUCGUGGCUCCCGCAAAAGCGUCGUUCGCCUUGAACCACCCUGUAAUGGCCUCAACGGGUUGCCCGCCAUCGGCAAGGAGGUCCUGUCACUGGGCGCGACGGGCGGCCACAAGGGAACCACGCAACCUUCACACCCCUGCACUAUCCUCCACCAUUCUCCUUAUAAGGCCGCUUGGGAUUGGUUGAUUCUGAUAUUGGUCAUUUACACCGCAAUAUUUACGCCGUACGUGGCCGCAUUUCAAUUGAACGAGCCAGAUUUCGACAAACGAUCUCGUGGAUUUGGCCAGGACCCAAUCGUAGUUAUUGAUAUGAUAGUGGACGUAACAUUCAUAAUAGACAUCCUUAUCAACUUCCGCACAACGUACGUGAACGCAGCUGACGAAGUGGAAUCUGAUCCCGCAAAGAUCGCCAUGCAUUACCUGCGAGGAUGGUUCGUCAUCGACCUCGUCGCAGCCAUCCCCUUCGACCUACUUCUCUUCGGCACCGACACCGAUGAACAGGGGCUGGAAAGUGAUGAGACGACCACACUCAUCGGUUUGCUGAAAACAGCGCGCUUGUUGCGACUGGUGCGUGUGGCGCGUAAAAUCGACAGAUACUCUGAAUAUGGUACCGCCGUCCUUCUUCUACUUAUGGCUACCUUUGUUCUUAUUGCGCACUGGCUCGCUUGUCUAUGGUACGCGAUCGGGAGCUGGGAGAGACCUCAGCUUCAUGCUCCCAUUGGUUGGUUGGAUGCUCUCGCUAAUGAUGUCCAAGCUUCAUACGAUAAUUCUACUGGUCCGUCGAUGAGAUCUCGCUACAUCACAGCACUGUAUUUCACUUGUACGUCCCUAACGAGCGUCGGCUUCGGCAAUGUAGCACCAAAUACGGAUAUGGAAAAGGGGUUUACGAUAUUCGUCAUGCUCGUAGGCUCUCUUAUGUACGCUAGUAUUUUCGGUAAUGUAUCCGCCAUAAUCCAAAGGCUUUAUUCGGGGACAGCCAGGUAUCACACUCAAAUAUUGAGAGUACGAGAGUUCAUUAGGUUUCAUCAGAUUACUAAUCCCUUGCGGCAAAGAUUAGAAGAAUACUUUCAACAUGCGUGGAGUUAUACAAACGGGAUUGACACUUCGAGUGUUUUGAAAGGAUUCCCAGAGUGCUUACAAGCCGACAUUUGUCUUCAUUUGAAUAGAAAUUUAUUAGCGAAUUGCGCCGCGUUUGACGGCGCCAGCCCAGGUUGCUUAAGGGCGCUUUCACUAAGAUUUAAGACAACGCACGCACCUCCCGGGGAAACAUUAGUUCAUCGUGGCGAUGUUUUAACAUCUCUUUAUUUCAUAUCUAGAGGCUCUAUUGAAAUUUUAAAGGAUGAUAUCGUUAUGGCAAUUUUGGGCAAGGAUGAUAUAUUCGGGGAGAAUCCGUGCAUACACAGCACAGUGGGCCGCAGCAACUGUCGCGUGCGCGCGCUCACCUAUUGCGAUCUGCACCGAGUGCACAGAGACGACUUGCUGGACGUGCUCGACUUCUAUCCGGAGUUCCGCGCCUCCUUCGUCAAUAGCCUCGAAAUUACCUACAACAUGCGAGACGAAGAAUUAGGUGGUAUCGAACCACGUCGGCGCAUGCGCUACGAGAACCCUUGCGACGCCAGAUUGCUCCGUGAAGCGUACGCGCGCACAACACGCCGUCCCCACACUGAGACAUUCGCUGACAAGGUGGAUUCUCAGUGUAGUGACGAAGAUACAGAAUCGCCGCCGAGUCGUGGAAUUUUAGAAUUCUCGGCAGACAAAGCCGGCCAAGAUGUCACACCUCUAAAUUUUAACUUUAGUAAACAACGUUCUACAACUUUAAACUCCAUAACAGGCAUGCUAGCGCAACUAAAACGGAGCUUCCCAGACCUCUACCACCAUAAAACCCACCAGCCGCUGCACAACAAAUACUCCCAAUCAACGCCUCAGACGUAUAGAGGAAGGGCCGCGGUGCGUCGGCAAUCAUCUGUAGGACCUCUCAAUGACACGUCGCCGCUGACGGGAGGCAUAGCGGCUGGUGAAGCAGCUGUCAGCACGCCCGCCCACAGCGCCACGCUCCCCGUCUCCAGCCUCAGCACAAACCCCAGUUCGUACUACACGAACGCAUCACCCAGCCCGCCGGCGCCUGCACCCGUCCACGUCUCCUGCGACGAUAUACUAGCUCCUAGCGCGCCGCAGUCGGUCGGCCGCACGUCUCGAUCAGCGCCGCACUCCGCUGUCAAUUUACACCAGACGGGUAGACCGACCGCCCUUGCCUUCACAUCCGAAAGAGUGCAGAACGCUAUGCAGGAUGUAAUAUCACCGCAGUAUCAAAAUGUAGGUGCCACGGCUACGGCUGCGUCGGUAGCGACGAUAUUGACAAGAUUAGAAGAACUAAGCAGACGGGUGGCCGUGUUAGAAACGGGUCUCACCGCAGACGUGCGACGCAUCUUGCAGCUGUUACAAGCUCGUGAGGCACCACAUCAUAAUGCGCAACCUGCUCACACCCCUUCUCAACCCUUACCGAAAGCCUCACUAUCUGUACCCCAAACAACGGAGAGUCAAUGGGAGUGGAAUUGGAACGGUGAUCGGGAUCGUGGAGGACGCGGUGGGCGCGGAGAGCGCACCGAGCGUACGCCGGGAGUCCAGCGAUCAGCAUCGGAGCCGCACGCGCCUGUGCCACCAGCUCUGCCACCGCCACCGCACUCGCACUCUUUCUACAGGUAGUGUGAGGCAGGCGAGACGAGCGCUCC